AUGGUAUAUGUUGGCAUAGAUGCCGGCACCACACACAGUUGUGUCUUUGUCGAUCAAGAGUGUGUCCUAAUUCACCAGAAGAGGACAUUCCCCUCUAUGGUCAGAAUAACAAAGAACGGCACGUGGAGCUUAGCAUCUCCAGAUGAGUCUGAAGACGGCGACCAGUGUGUGCUUUCGUUACCAAAACUUGUCAUCGGACGCGACAAAAACGAUGGCAAACUUGAGGCUGACGCAUCUGUGAUUCCUCACUUGGUCCAUACUGACUACGGCCCCCAAUAUAAAGUCUUUGGUCGGAAUGUCUCUCCCCUAGAGGUUAUUGCCUUUAUUAUGGGCAAGAUUUUUCAAGCUGUCAAUCGCAGGGCAGAUACAAUCGAUCGGGUGGUAGUAGCCGUCCCGUCCUAUUUCAAUUGGGGGCAGUGUGAUCUCACUAGGUCCGCGGCGAUAAUUGCUGGUUUCGACAAAAAGACUAUCCACAUCAUUCAAGAACCUAUCCUUUCCUAUAUCAGUCUUAUAAAGCAAAUACAGGAGAAGAAAGAAUGUAUUAUCCUGGAUAUUGGCGGCGGAACCACCGACAUCAGUAUAGUGCAGACUGAAAAGGGUGUUCAUUGUAUGCUCGCAACAGUUGGCAACACUCGCCUCGGGGGGGCUCACUUUGACAAUGAGCUGGUGAAUUACACCCUAAAAAUGUCAGGCAAAACUCGGAAAGGCCUUACUCCAGACAAUAUGAGAAGACUCAUGAACGAGUGUCGACACCGCAAGAUGGACUUAUCGGACGCUAGGACGACCACUAUCUCGUUUAACGGCACACAACAGACAAUUACACGCGAUGAUGCCCAACACAUAUUCCGUCCCCCCCUUGAAAAGGUCCGCAAGGUCAUGCUUGAGCUCCAUAAGGAGUGGAAAAAUGCUGAAAAAGCAGAACAAAUACUUUGUGUCGGCGGCUCAAUCCCCACGAUCGGCUUAAACAAGCUUUGUCAGGCGACGUUUCCCUUGGCAAAGUGUAUCAAGGCAGACGCGGCAGGUGAAGCUGUUGCACUAGGUGCAAGCCUAGCUGCAUCAAAUCUAUGCACAGUCAGAAAUGUCCAACCUCAAGACAUUCGCUUGCUUAUCUCAAAAAAGCGCGGGAACGGGACCUGUAUAUUGUACAAGACCGAUCAGGAGAAGGUUUGUUUCAGCCUGUUCGAAGGGAAAUUCCCAAACUUUCAGUACAAUAAAGCUCUUGGGUCGUUCUGGGUGGAAGGUCUCUCAGAGUUACCACAAGAAACCCCGAUCACAGUUACUAUCAAGGUUGGUGAGCCUGGAGAAAUGGCGAUAGCCGCCUCUAUAGAAAAUCUGGCCAAGAGCCUGGUCAUUCAACGAAAAGCUCAGGUCACACAGCCCGAUCUCGAGAGACUGAAAAAAUUAACACUAGCUCGCCUAGAUGGAAAGAGUGAUAGUGAGUUUGAAGAGGAAGAGCAUGGGGCAGGCGAUGGCAAGGACGGCGACUCUGAGAGCGAUGCCGAUGGCGAAUUAGACUUCGCUUGUGGUCAUGCCGAUAGCGGGGCUGAAGCAGUUGAUGGCAACAACGAUGCCGGUGCUGAUUCUGAUGGCCAGAAGGAAGUCACUGAAGUUACGGGGAGCCAUCCCGGUUCUGAUGCUGAUUCUACUAGUGGCGUGGGUGCUGAAAACGGCGUCAAUGCUGAUUCUGAUUCCCAAGGAGAUGGUGACGAGAAUGAUGACGAGAAUGAUGACGAGAGUGAUACUGAUGCUGAUGGCGAUGAAGCAGCUGAAGAUGGCCAGGAGGAUGCCGACGCUGGGAGCGAUGUCGAUUCUGAUGUCGAUGGCGAGACGGAAGCCGUGGGGAACGCUGAUGGCAAGAAUAAAAGAAAGGAUCCCUCGCUGGUACACCGCGGACGCGAUACAAAAAGAGUGAGGGACUAG